CAGGCGCAAAAGGAAGGCACUGCUGCGGCUGCCGUUGGAGGCCCUCGUGGCCUGAGGAGCAUGAGGGCCUGCUGGGUCCUGGGCUCCUGGCUACCUCAGUGAUGUUCACCCUGCAGAGUCUGGGGGCCGGGCCCUGAGGGCACCGUCGGCGGAAAUCUGCCUUUUGAGCCAGGCCUGGGCACUGGCGGGAGGACCUGGACAGGGUGCUGGAGGAGCGCUCCUGGGCAGAGAGACCAGCCCCCGCGGGGAUCCCUCUUUCAGUCUCUGCCUGAACUGACAAGGCAAAACUCCAUCCUUAGGACCUUGACGAAGUAAAAUGAGGGAAGUUGGCUAAUAAAGAUAUCACCAAAGAUUAGAAGCAUAGUCAUCUAGAGGAAAUGCUGGUAAUAUGGCUCUGUGUAAAUGUUCAAAACUCUCUACGGCAGAUGGUCUUGUUUUAGGGGCUGUCCAGAUUAUGAUUGGCAUAUUUCAUGUUCUCAUGUGGUAUUUCCUAUUGAUUUUGUAUAUGGGACAAAUUAGAGGAUUCUUUGGGACAUAUGAACCUGUAACUUACAAAGCAGGAUGCUCUUUAUGGGGAGUUAUCUUUAUCAUUGCAGGAGUCUCCAUUAUAAGAGUAGCAAGGCGUCCAACUCCAGGCGUGAUUACAUUUGCUUUGAUCAUGAACAUCUCAUGCAUAAUUACUUCAGUUAUUGCAUCAGUUCUAACAACAGUUGAGUUGUCUACUUUUAAUUCUGUGUCAUAUAGGAAUUAUGGACAAGCGAAACUUGGAAGGGAAGUUUCACGUAUUUUACUGCUCUCUUACCCCUUGGAGAUUUCUGUUGCAUUAACACACGCAAUCUUCAGUUGUAUGGCUUUGACUCAUCAUCAUGAAGCUAGUCUCACAGCUGUUCCAGAGGAGCUUGAGAGUACUUUUUAGAAACCUGAGAUUUUUCCUGGUGCUCAGACCUGCUCAGGGCCCUGAUGAUAGCUCUGUGUAACAGAGCUGCUACAAAGCCCACAUGUUUUGUGCAAAAGAAAAUACAAAACAAGUUGGAUUUUUCUUCUUGGUAUUCAAGAAAUUUCUCUGCAUAUAUUUUUGUUGGCUCCAUGUGGAAAGUUUUCCCUAUUUAAAUAUGUUAUUAUGAGGGAAAAUUAUUUUUUAGGUACUCUGAACCUGUCAACCCUGUCUGAACUCUGAAGCUGUCAACUCUCCCUAAGAGAACUUUUGUAAGAGACCCUAAAAAAGAUCUGUGAUUGUCUCUAGAGAACAGGCUAUAAAGACGUGGCGCAUGAUACUACAUAAUUGUCGGGAAAACUUUAAGAUAAUUUAUACCUUUACAAGUAAAGAGUACAUUUCAGUAUGAGUUCUCCUACCUGAACUAGCUUCUACUUGAACAAAGUAUGAAUCCAAAGUCAUCCAACUCAUAGUCCCUUCAUUGUUCUUUGACUGUUUCUCUCCUCAUUAAAAUCCCUUUCUGCCCUGAAA